AGCGAGGGAAUUCAAUCAUUGUAAAUAAGCCUAUAAAAGGCGUUGCAAAAUCUUAUUCUUUUCCUCCGCAGAUCUUUUCAGCUCAAAAUCGGAACCUAAUUCCUUUAUCUUUUCUUCUUCUUAUCAUCGAAAAAGAAUGGGAUUGUGGGAAGCUUUUCUAAAUUGGCUACGAAGUCUCUUUUUCAAGCAAGAGAUGGAGCUAUCUUUAAUAGGCCUCCAGAAUGCCGGAAAAACAUCCCUAGUUAAUGUCAUUGCUACUGGUGGAUAUAGUGAAGAUAUGAUACCGACAGUAGGGUUUAAUAUGAGGAAGGUAACUAAAGGAAAUGUCACAAUAAAGUUGUGGGAUCUUGGGGGUCAACCAAGGUUUCGGAGUAUGUGGGAGAGAUACUGCCGUGCUGUUUCGGCUAUUGUCUAUGUCGUGGAUGCUGCUGACUCUGAUAACUUAUCCGUCUCGAGAAGAGAACUCCAUGACCUGUUAAGUAAAACCUCACUGAACGGUAUUCCCCUGCUGGUACUCGGAAACAAGAUCGACAAACCGGAAGCCUUGUCUGAGGAAAAUUUGACAGAGCAAAUGGGGCUGAAGUCUAUCACAGACAGAGAAGUUUGUUGCUAUAUGAUUUCAUGCAAGAACUCAACCAACAUCGAUACGGUGAUUGAUUGGCUUGUGAAGCAUUCAAAAUCAAAGAAUUGAGAUCUCAACAACAUCACUUUGCUGUCUGGUCUCGUCUUUCUUACAAGGUUUGUCCGUGGCUGGGACCAUGGUCUUAAUUUUCCAACUUGGCUUGAAUCAUUGGUAUCGUAUAGUUUGGUGGGUGCGUGGGGCAUAAAUUUGUUUCAUCCUUUUUCUUGUACAGAUAUUGUGUUGUAAACAACUGAACAUGGUAAAACUUUUUGUGGUUUUGCAUCAAAUAAAGGUCUUUUUG